ACAUGCUGGAUGUCAAAUGUUUUUAUUAUGUUUGCUGCAUCGCAUUCCAGAACUUAAUCUCGCAGGACGCUGAAUUGAAAGUAACGGCUCGAAAUGGGUAAGAAAAAGAGGAAACAUAAACAAAAAAGCGUUAGAGGUGAGGAAGCAACAGCAAUUGUUGGAGAUGUGACAAUAAAUGACUUUGCCAAUUCCAAUGUAUGUCCAAGGAAACCAAAGAAAUGUGAUGUAAAUGGUGUGAUUAAGUUGGAGCCACAAUCAUGGGACGAAUACAAUGAAAAUGAUUAUGAGUAUGUGGAGGAACGGAGUGAGGAUGGCUCAGUGAGUCUGGUGGCUAAGAAGAAGGAUAAACCAAGAGAAGAAGCAGCUAUUUGUAAGACGGAAGGUAAUGAGUAUCCUUAUGAUAUUUGGCAAUUGUUAUCUGAGUACAUAAGGCCUGAGGAUGUGGGGAGAUUCUCUGGUAUUUGCAAGGCCUGCUACUCUGUGACGAAUACUGCUAGAUUUUGGCAGCUCAUGUAUAAGAAGAACUAUGUGAACAAGCAUAUUCCUGAGCAUCUGAGGCCGCGAAACGUGUCUCGAAUGUACGGUAUUCGGACGUUGGUCAUAAAGUCGCUGUUUUUCAUGUAUCCACCUUACGUGGAGAGGUGCAAGGUGGACACGUAUAAGGACAACAUGGAUGUCCUGUUGAAAAGGCAAUGCGUGGAGACGUGUGUUGAACUGUACAAGGGUAAAUGGUACUACAAAUUUAAGCUGCAAAGGAUGAAGGAAAUAAGGAGACAAUGUAGCGGGCUGGAUUUGAUUGAGAUGCUCGAGGAUAUCUCGGCUAACAAUGAAGAUGACUGCAUGCUCCUCAAAAUCGUAUCGCUCGACCAUUUCCUCAUACCACCUUUAGAAGGUAUGUACCUGACAUCUAUUCGAAGCAAAUUGGGACAGGACAUGAGCCAUUACAAUCUGCACCUGAGGUUCAGCACUACGUCGUGCCACGCGCAUCGUCCAGUAGAUGGCGGCGACAGUAUCCAUGUCUACAUAGAUCCGGUAUAUCAUAUUGAAAUUUUAGAUUGGUGGCACAGCCGGUAUCCUCACAUCUACAACAUGAAACUGAGUUUGAACCAAGAAUAGAUCCCAUCCAUUUUUUUCUCCACAUGAACGAUCAAAGGGAUCACCUAGCUACAUGCCACACACCUAAACCUUCUCCUCAUUCCCCCCUACGCCGUAUUCUCUUUCAUUUCGCAAACACUGAAUUACUAGCUCAAGUGUGUAGGCAUUAAUCAGAUGGAUGUUAUUUCGGUUUCAGUGCAUAAAACACCUACUCUGUUUUUGUGACCAAACGGAUAUACUUGUAUUCUUUUAUAAAUAAAUAUUAUUUUACGAAUUGGCAAAAACACCAAAACGAAAAUAACAA